AAGGCCCUCCAGCUUCUAACCAUUUGUUAUUAAGUUCGGUAAAAAAUACAUUUAGAUCUACAGAAUUUGAUAUUCUUACCCUUAUUUCCAAAUUUUCUAGUAGAUGGUUUAAAAGAAUAGGUAAUGCAUCUGCAUAUGACAUGCCAUCCACAUGUGGUCAAAUUCUUUUUUCAUAUAUUUCUGAAAAUAAAUCUGGUGUAUUGAUAGGAUUUCCCGCACCAUUGUUGAAUGGAUUUGGUGGGACGAACCUUCCCCCUAUUUUGCCUGACAAUACA